AUGCCCGGACAUCCUUCCAACCUCACAGUACUUCAACCUAAGCCCCUGCUUCAGGGUACACCAGAGUACGAGAAGAAGCGCGCCGCCCUUGUCGAGGCCUUUGCGAAAAAAGUACCUUCAGAACUGCGGCUAUCACCAGAUUUCUUCUCAAAUCCGCCAAAGGAUGUUUCUAAUGUACCCGCCAAGUGCGGUAUUUUGACUCCCACCGAGAUCGAUAUCACAGAAAAUUACGAUGCGGUAGGCCUUGCGGAAGCUAUUGCUGCCCGAAAGUUGACAGCAGUUCAAGUAGCUACAGCCUACUCUAAACGAGCCAUCAUUGCGCAUCAAUUAACAUGCUGCUUGACGCAAUGGUUCAUGGAAGACGCGCUUAAGAGAGCUCAGGAACUUGACGACUAUCUGGAGGAAAAUGGAAGAACGGUCGGGCCUUUACAUGGGGUACCAGUUAGCAUUAAGGAACACAUACCUCUUGCUGGGACUUACUCCUCCUGUGGAUCACUGGAAAGCAUACACUUCGAUGAACAGGAUUGUGUCAUGGUAUCCAUAUUGCGAGGCAUGGGCGCGGUGUUUUACUGCAAGACAAAUCAGCCGCAGGGAAUUAUGCACUUCGAGACUACAUCGCAUUACGGCCGCACUAUAAAUCCAUUCAACACUGAUCUCAGCGCUGGAGGCUCAUCAGGUGGCGAGGCAGCCCUGAUAGCUAUGAAGGCAUCAGUUCUUGGUGUGGGCACAGACAUUGGCGGUAGCAUCAGAGGACCUGCGGCGUUUUGCGGUAUCUAUGGAUACAAGACUACGUCGUAUGUACUUCCAACGAAGGAUUAUAUUGCGUUACCCUUCGCCGCCGAACUCAACAUUAUAGGCAGCACUGGCGCGUUUAGUCGAAGCCUACGGGAUAUAGACCUCUUCAUGAACACUGUCAUUGGCCAGAAGCCGUGGCUUCAAGAUCAAAAGCUAGUUCCAUUGCCGUGGACGGGCUUGCAAACUCCAACCAAAAAGCCGUUACGAAUAGGUAUCAUUGAGAACGACGGCUUCAUCGAGCCCCAGCCUCCGGUCAAGCGCGCUAUAGAAUGGGCUAGAUCACGACUCUCCGACCCAAAAUACUCUGGUCUCUUUGAAAUCAAAGACUUCAAGCCCCACAAAGCAGCAGAAGCAUGGACAAUGAUCCGGCGCAUGUACUGGCCUACAGGUGGCAAAAAGGAAGCAGAGGGCUACAAAAAAUCCGGCGAGCCAAUCCUCGAGUUAACAAAAUGGGGCUGGGAAGACGCCAAACCAUACGGUAUGCUCGAUGCCUCUCAAGUCACUGAUCUUCGUGCCGAGCGCGACAGGCUCCGCUAUGAGUUCGCCGAUAGCUGGAAUAAGCAAGAAGUCGAUAUUGUCAUUGGACCUGCAUGUGUAGGCCCGGCUUCUGUGCACGACACUGCGUUUUACUGGACAUAUACUAGUCUCUGGAACUUUGUGGAUUAUCCGGGUGUUGCUGUGCCGACGCCGAUCAAGACUGAGGCGAAGGAGGGGUAUGCGCCGGAUUAUAAGCCGUUGAGUGAAGCGUGCAAGCAUGUCAAAGAGCUCUGGGAGAAGUCGAGUUUUGAGGGGGCGCCGAUUGCGCUGCAGGUUAAUGGGAGGAGGUAUCAUGAUAGUGAGUUGUUUGGCGCGUUGGCAGUGUUGAAGGAUGCGCUUGAUCUUCCAUGA